CACAGGUUGGAAUGUGAGUCUAAGAUAGAUCACUACAAGUUCUUCCAGUUCUCCCUCAUUCCUGCUGUAAGUUAGUGAUCAAACUGUUCGUUUCUGUGUGUCGCUGAUACUGAUAGCCAUGCAUUGAUAUCGUAUCCGGAAAUUUGAUCGAAAGGAAUUUCGUCGACGGUAAAUUGAUCGACGGUAAUUUGAUCGAACGGAAAUUUGGUCGAAUCUUUUAUUCAGUUUUUACGUUAAAAUUUUGUUUCAAAUUCCUUUUUGAACGCAUUAUUUUGUUUUACUAUAUAAUAUAGUGCCUUCAAAAAGAAAUUUGGCAAAAAUUUUAACGUGUGAACUGAAAAAAGGUUUCGAUCAAAUUUCCGUUCGAUCAAAUUACCGUCGAUCAAUUUACCGUCGACGAAAUUUCUUUCGAUCAAAUUUCCGGUAACCCAUUGAUAUAUGUAAUGCUUAAUGUCGGUAACACAGCCGCAGCCAUAAAUAUGAAUAUAGUGCUGUUGGUAAUACUUCGAAUCACAAACUAGAUCUGAAGAUUUUCAAUCAGUGUGAGUAAUGCAAUGGUGUUUGGUUUGUAAUCUACCCAAACAUCAGUUUUUUUAUUUGUUUGAAUUGUAAUUUUUUUUUAAAUGUUACGUGUUAGACAUUGUGGUAAGUAUGUCAGAAAUUGUGUUGAAUGGGUCAAACUUUGUGUUGAGUGUGUCAAUACUGUUUUAUGUGUGUCUGUCAGAGGGAUCAUAUUGUUAUAAUUCACUUAAAAGUUUUUGUAUAUUUUCUACUACAACUGUAUUGAUUGACCGCCUGACCCCCUUGACCGCCUGACCUCUUUGACCGCCUGACCCCCUUGACCGCCCCACCCCCUUGACCGCCCGACCCCCUUCACCGCCACCUGACCCCCUUAAACCGCCUGACCCCCUUGACCGCCUGGCCCCCUUGACCCGUGGUACAGAAAGCACACAUGUUUUCUCCAGGUGCAGUGAAAACCAGCUGUAAUGCGAAUACUAAUAUAACGCGGUAUUGUAAUGACUUCUGAAAGUCUCAUAUGUAUUUAUUUUACCCCCAAAAAAUAAAUAAAUAAAUUAAUUAAUAUUUUCAAGAUGUGUGGACAAAUAAUAAUUUACAACAAAAUAUUCAUUUCCACAAAUAAACUAAAUCUAAUAUAAAAUAUAUAAAUCAAAGUGAAAUUGAUUAAAAUAUGAAACAGCAUGUUUUAAUACAAAAUGUUCACGACACUAAAUUACAUAAUAUUGUUGUAAAUGAUUUGUUCAAUGCGUGCGCGUUUUGGUGCGGAGAUUAAUUGUGCUUUGUAUUUUUUGACGUUUUUGGUUGUGAGAGAUAAUGUUGCUGGUUUUUCCGGUUUUAGUCGUUGAUGUGUUGCAGAGAGGUAAUGGAAUGAAGAAGGCGACUUGAAUUAAGAAAAUAUAUUUAAAUUUAAUAAUUAUUUUGGACCUGUUUACCAAAUACCCCUAGACUUAAUGAAGCCAUUUGACUGCUAAUGCAAGCAGCUCGUAACAAAUGUAUCAUGUUAUAUUAAUAUUAUAUUUUUUUGUUUUGUAUUAUAUUAUAAUAUUAUUAGACAAGGAUGUGGGAUUCCAAGAAUGUAACAAACUGGUUCCCUGGAUGAUUGUCUACCUUAUUUUCCAUGUGUUGCUGUGCUGCUCCGGGUUGAAAUGGCUAGAAAGACUUUGAUAUUGUAUGCUUGUAAUUAGUUUUUGUAGUGUUGCGUUUGUUUUAAAUGUGGUGAAUUAUAGAUAUGUUUUUUGUUGACUUUGUACCGCGCUUCGAGCCUUUGGGGAUGAAGCGUGUUUUUGAAAUGAACUUUAUUAUUAUUAUUAUUAUUAUUAUUAUAAUGGCUGUUUGGAGUUUAUAAAAAAACGAUGAACCAAAAGAAAUGUAUUCUUUCAUGCAGUAAAUACUCGGAUAAGAACAAUACACACAACUAAACUAUGCUAUCAGAAAGAGUUUUUUUUUAGAAAAAUUGAAUGAAAAUUUAUGAACUGAUUUCUGCCUCACGAAGAACGAUAAAGCUGUUAUUUAAGAUUGCAGGUUGCAAUUUUAACAAAUCGGUUUGCCACACUAAAACUAAAAUAAUUAGGUAUCGGUUCUCUUAAACCGCUGCGAACCGGAUGAAUCCCUUGACUGGAUAUACGCCAAUCUCAUGUCAUCAAAUUGAAUUACAUAGCAUUGCCUUACAUUAUGUUAUAUUCCAUCUUCUUCAAGGUGGUGCUGUCACUUCUGAUGGCUUUCAGCAAACAUCGCACACGUCUGUUCCAGGAUUUCUUACACGGCCGGCCUGGACUUGUCUUGUAAGUGCGCUUGAUUUUAUUUGCUUCAACGAUUUGUAUUCACACGCUUAUCAAAGUUAUGAUACCUGCAGUUUAUACAAGAGUCACCGGAAGUCACAGAAUUUGCUAAAGCGCCAACAGGGUUUGUCAUUUCUCAGAUCCGGAAAACGUCACAUCGCAUUACGUUAUUUUACUAUUUUUAAGCAGAAUUUUCAUGAACCAUAUCUACUAGCAAUGUAUUUCAUAACAUAUAUAUAUAUAUAUAUAGGGUGGGCCAAUAAAAGUGAGAACAUCUCGUAAAAUGUGAUUAAUCACAUCAUCGAGCCAGACACGUGGCCACCCAACAUCCCAGAUUUAAACCCAUAAAGAUUAUGCCAUAUGGGGGGAUUUGCAAGAAAAAGUCUACCUUCGGCGAAAAUUUUCCAGUUGAGCAGGUCAAGUUGGCAAUAAUCGAGGAAUGUCGAAAUCUUGGGCGACGUUUCAUUGUCAGAAGCAUCAACGAGUGGCGUCGACGCUUGGAAAAAGUCGUUGAGAAGCAAGGAGGACACAUUGAACAGGAUUUCUCAUUAGCUCAAUAUUUUGAAAAAAAAAAAACCCAAACAAAAACUCCAUGAAGAAUUAUAAUUAAUUAAAUUAUAUUUUGAAAUAACUCACAUGCUACCAGAUGUUCUCACUUUUAUUGGCACACUCUGNCAAUUUGUAAAAUCUUUCGUAAAAUUUAGAAGUCAUUUACCCGCCAGUGUAGAUUUUCAUUUCAGAAAUUAAUAUCAAGACAAGAUUGCUAUGCUAGAAUGGUAAUAAGGGUGGGAGUUGGGGGUGGUGGUGGUGGUGACUGCAAUCAGGGUAGGAAAAAGGAACACAGUAUGGGAAAACCAGGAGAAAAAUAGGACGAAACAAAAUAACGAACGCCUCGGUUAGGAGCCUUCUUCAUCGAACAAUCAACAGUAAAAAGAAUAUAACAUAAAAAUAAACACUUAGCUGCAACCUAGUAUCUGAGAGGACAGCAAGAAGAAUAGGAUCAUUCGCAUGUCAAGACAUCUCAGUGAGUAUCAUGCAUUUUUUCUUACCCCCAGCCCCAUGGAUACCCUGACGAGAUCGUCAAGAGUUUCAUACUGCUGUGCUUUUGGUACCACCGCCUUACUGGUCUACGAAAUCAUUCUAAACCAGUCGUUCGCCAUAGACUACAACGGACCAAUCGCUAUAAAAGGUUCGCUGAAGAGGUUAACAGUUAAAACAUAUAUGAUAUAUAUAUAUAUGUAUAUGAGCUAGGAUAUCCAAUUUAACACUAAAGUUUAAUUCAUAUCACAUUUAUCAGGAAAACUAAAACAUUGUUGUUUUUAGUGCGUUGUUAAUUUAGCGAAAUUAAAUUAAAAUGAUUUCUUUUCAUUGGAUAAAGAAUUGUUAGUUUUACGAUUUUCGGAUGACAUGGUAGAAAAAAAGGCAAAAGAUUUGUUACAUUUUUAAUGAAGAUAUAUUUAAAAUUGUAUAUAGAGUUUUUGUUGUAAAUUUAACAUUAAGUUUUCACAAUUUUUAUUUUUAUUUUGUUAUGUUUAGUUUAAGGGCAAGAAAAGUGUUAAGGUAGGCCCAACAUUUAACAAUUUAAAAACACAUGACAUCUAAAGAAUUUCUCUUGGGUAGAAAUCAGCCGUCAAGGACCUCCUUUAGUGGCAAUAAUGAUUUAAUCAGUAAACAUUUAGACUUGGUAAUAUAAAGUCAUGUCCAGAUAAAAGAAUUGUGCUUAGGGGCUCGAAAAGGGGUAAGGGUAGGCGUAUAAUAUAUAGCAGAAAGAUACUUUUUAAAACUUUUAAUUAUGUUAUAAACGCUAAUAUCAUUACAUAGAUACCUCUUUUUAAAAUAAGGAAUUGCGAUGAGUUUUCGCAAUAGCAGGAGGAAAUUAUCAUAUCGCAAACUGCCUGCCUUUCUUAUCUCGAUAACAUCGAGUGAUAUUUUCUAGUAAACGAUGCAUGAUUUCGUGAAUGGAGCAACUGUUAGAUACCUUGUGGGAAUGUUUUUUUACAACCAGAUUUCUUCGCUCUUUUAACUAUUUAGGGGUUCUGUGAUACAACCGAAAUUUUAGAUUAUAACAAUUUUUUUAGAAACUCAUCGUCCUAUUGGUUAAUUUCAAACAAUUAAGUAUUCCCAAUCUCGUUGACGUACAAUAAAUUAUUCCCAAUCUCGUUGACGUACAAUAAAUUUUCGCGAAUAAACAGUCCAAAACUUUUUGCUGAAAAUGACGUCUUGAAGCAGGGGUCCCCCAACCCCGGCCUGUGAGCCCCUUAUUCCCCGUCAGCUGUCAGAACGUCGCCCGCGAGGCCUCUAUAUUUCCUUUACUGUAUGGUUAAACAUUGUUAAUUUAUAACAUUGUGGCCCGCUUUAUUAUCAAUAUGGCCCUCGGUUUGAAAAUCUUGGAAACCGCUGUCUUAUAGGUAUCAAUUAGGUUCAAUUAGUUAAAGAAUUAACGUAAAAUUGUGUGUAAAUGUUAUAUUUAUAUUAUGCCUCCACUUUAUAUCUCUUUCAAAUGUCUGCUCUGUAUGGAAAUUUCUCAAUGCCGUCCUUACGUUUUCUGCCUGCUACGUCUCAUGAGAGAUUUCUCCCAAUCUCCAGCGCUGAUCGUCAUCGUGUCCAUGUUCAUAUACGGCCUCGUGUAUUUUCCCAUCUUCACCUGCCUCGCAAUGCGAACAGCUUUCUGCUACGCCAUGGGCUCCCUGUACAUCUGGGUCUUUUUUGGAAUAGAAGUGUAUCAGACACAGGAGUGCGCGGACACUUUUGUAAGUACAUAUAUUUAGUUUUAAACCUUAUUUAUACAACACCUAUCCAGCUAGCUUAGAAGCUUACACUGUAACUUAAUCCUUUGUGCAUAGCUUUGGCUAUUAUGGUUGAAAUGGCUAGAAAGACUUUGCCAUUGUAUGCUUGUACUUAGUUUUUGUCGUGUUGCGUUUGUUUUAAAUGUGGUAAACUAUAGAUUUGUUGUUUUUUUUUGACUUUGUACCGCGCUUCGAGCCUUUGGGGAUGAAGCGUGUUUUUGAAAUGAACUUUAUUAUUAUUAUUAUUAUUAUUAUGUGGAAGAUUACGUAGAGCAACAUCCUACACUCGAACUGUCUAGAAAAGUUUAAACAAGCUGAGGUCAUACAAUUUUAGUUAAAUCAUAGAGACUUAAUGAAACAUGAGAAACAAGAAAAAAACAUUAAUAUAAUAUUCAAACACUACAGGAAACUUUAAAAAAAGGUUUAUUCACAGAUACCUAGGAAUUGCCAAUGAAGUAUAGCAAUCUGUGAAGAAAAACUAAAAUCUCCAUAAACAUAUGGAGAUUCUUUUGCUAUUUCCAUAAUAUUUAUAUCAAACAAUAUAGAACUUGCUCGAAAGUUCUAUAUAUUUAAAAAAAUGUAAAUCUUUAAAAAAAACUUGUAUUAAAAUGACGCUGAUUUAAAUAUUAUAUUAAUACGAAAACAUCUCAAACUAAACUCCGUAACUCUUCACGUUUUCCAUUAAAAUUAAAAUAAGGGCCCCUUUGGUGUGGAGGUGGGGUCCAUUCUAUAUGAAUAGGUUAUAAAAAUCACUAAGAUAAGGAACCUAAAGAAUUCACCCGAUAGGUUAAAAGUUGUCCUUUUAAAAUCAGCGGAACAUUUAAGAGAUAACGAAUAUGAGGAAAAUGAAAUCAGUGUCCAUGGACCCAAACGUGGUGAAUAUGAUGAGUUUAAAAGCCUAAAGAUUUUCAGCAUAGACCUUCAGGUGAAUUUGAACCAAGUUUGGUCUAGAUCUUUUCAUUAAUUAUAAUUUUAUUUAUAUAGGUCAUAUUAGAAAAAACAAAAUUUGGCCCCCCAAACUUGAACGGGACUUAAUUAUUACCAUUUUGUUUUUUUUGUUUUUUUAAACCCCGUAGGCAUUUCUUUCUGGAUAAUGAAGUAUAUAACUAUGUAUCCCAAGUUUGAUCCAUGAAUCCAUGUGGAAAAUUAAGAAGUAAAAAAAAAAAAAGACAGAUUUUUAUAAUGUGCAUAGUUGAUAAAUAUGAUACCAAAAAGAUACAUUGGAUGAACAUUUAAAAAAUGUGAGUGAUUUAAAGAGCAUUUAUUCAUACAACACAUUUAUAAAAACACAGCACUUACAUAUUAAUGAACACCGGAAUGGCAUUUUAUGGUUUUGUGUGUGGGAUUUAAAAAGCUUUUAAUACUAAAAUGAAUUUGCAACAUGAAAAUAACUGAAUUUAAAAAUUCGAAAUCUUCUAUGGACUGAAACUUCCCCCCCCCCCCAAACGUGUUCUAUUAAUAGAUUUCCGCCAUUAAAUGACAAUCUCUAUAGAUGUCAAAAUAAAUUUAAAAAGUUUUUAAUAAUAAAAUGAAUUUGCAACAUGAAAAUAACUGAAUUUAAAAAUUCGAAAUCUUCUAUGGACUGAAACUUCCUCCCCCCCCCAAACGUGUUCUAUUAAUAGAUUUCCGCCAUUAAAUGACAAUCUCUAUAGAUGUCAAAAUAGACAUCAAAAAAUCUAAGGAUGCAGUGAAUGGAAAUGGAAUUAUGUCAAACAAGUGUAAAGCUAUAUGUGUUAUUUAAAAAAAAAUAUUUUUCAACCAGGAUGAUAGCAUCGUGCCGUUGUUGAGAGCCCUGCCCAGUCUCUUGUGCCAAGCAUACCUCAGUAUCUCGCUACCCUACAGAUUUGUGGUCGCUUGUUACCGAGGUAAUUUCUUGACAGCUUCAACGAAAACACAUGAAAGUUUGAUCGAAAUCAGAGAUUCCUUUCAAGGCAGGCACGUCCGGAACUUAUUGAAAAAAACGGAAAUCAUACAGUAAGUGUAAGGUCAUAAAGUAAGUGUAGUCAUAAAGUAGGUGUAAGUCAUAAAUUAAGUGUAAGUUAUAAAGUAAGUGUAAGUCAUAAAGUAAGUGUAAGUCAUAAAGUAGGUGUAAGUCAUAAAUUACAUGUAAGUUAUAAAGUAAGUUUAAGUCAUAAAGAAAGUGUGUGUCAUAAAGUAAGUGUAAGUCAUAAAGUAAGUGUAAGGUCAUAAAGUAAGGGUAAGUCAUAAAGUAGGAUUAAGUCAUAAAGUAAGUGUAAGUCAUAAAGUAAGUGUGUUUCAUCAAGUAAGUGUAAGUCAUAAAGUAUUUGUCAUAAAUAAGUGUAAGUCAUCAAGUGAGUGUAAGUCAUAAAGUAGGUGUAAGUCUUAAAGUAAGUGUAGGUUUGAAAUAACUGAUGUAGUGACAGAGAUCAUCAAUAAACGAAUCCAUUUUAUCAAACAAUAUUGAAUAUUUUUUUCUAGAGUAAAGUAAAAAAAAAAGAACGAUUGUUCUACUUUACACCGAUAGUCGUUGUCCCCAACAUUUCUCUCUGUGCAGACCUCAAACACAUCACAAACCCACAAAUUACUUUUCUCUCCCCUACGGUUUCUCUUCUCGCUGUGAGUGGCAGAGAGUAUGACGUCUAUCCUCGCCUCUAAUUCCACACUCCGAAAAAAAAUAAAAAUAAAAUAUCUUGAAGAAUAUCAUAUUAAUUUACAAACCGUUUUUCGGAUAAACAUGGACCUUUGGAGGUCUGAGUGACCCCCCCCCCCCCUUUGAAAUCUUCGAAGACUUUCAUUUAUCAACAUUUCGAACCACUGAUUUUUCUAAUGUUUGAAACCGUGUCAUUUCAAUAAAAAUAAAAUAUCAUGAAGAAUAUCAUAUUAAUUUACAAACCGUUUUUCGGAUAAACAUGGACCUUUGGAGGUCUGAGUGACCCCCCCCCCUUUGAAAUCUUCGAAGACUUUCAUUUAUCGACAUUUCGAACCACUGAUUUGUCUAAUGAUUGAAAACGUGUCAUUUCAAUCAUUAAAUAAGUAGAACUACGCCUAUUAUAAGAACAUAUUAUACUCAUCUGUCAUAGUUCUCUCAAAUUUACACCACUUAAUCAUCAUUAUAACGGAUCUUACUUUUGAAGAAUAUGAACAAUUUAAAGGAGUCAUAAACAAAAUCAGUUAAUAAUCUACCUUUUAGCCCAAUGGGUGCUGGGUUGGUCGGUUGGUCAAUCCCAAGCCUGUGGUCUGGAGUUGAGUCUCCAAAGACCAAGUCAAGCAGACACAUCAGCAGCAAACCCGGGUGGAUGGGACCCGUUAACCUCAGAUGGCAACUCAUCUAAGAGAAGGAAACUCUGAAGUUAAAAAAUAAAAAAAAAGACAUGGAGGAUUCCCGAAGGCGGAUUAAUUGAUGGAUGCAAUGAACCAUUUCCUGCGACGCUGCUGGGGCCUAGUUGUUUCAUCCAUAUAGGCGUGUUUCCUUUGGUGUGUGGAGUGAGGCCAUGAACUGUCUUGUGAACUAGGUAAUACUCCAAAGAAAAACAUCACAGGCCUUGUGAUUUCGUCUUCCUAAAUCUACACUAUCUUCACGGAUGUUUAAAAAAAAAACAGAGGGAGGGGGGGGGGACUCAGACUCCAACCUGUAAACUAAAUUUACUGCCACGACAGCUUCUUAAGAAGAUAAAACGCGAGCAGAGCAGACCCAGCCGAUAGAAGUCAUGCUGAGGACGGCAGACAUCUUUUGCACCUGUAACAUGUCAGUCAUUUUCUACUUACAGUGGAUGUUUUGGACGGAAUGGCACAAUCAACACAGGAAGCUCGUCAAGAACUGCUGAACAAAAAAUGACUUACUCUUUUCUUUCAGCUAGACACAGAAGCUUGUGGAAAUCCAGCUAAAUGACUUUAAAAUAAAAUUUAAAAAAAAGGAAAGAAUACAAAUGCUCCAGUUACAUCGGAACUAGAUUGUUAAUACUGUUUAUUUAUUUAUUUUUGAGACGAUCUGAGCACCGGUUAUCUGUUGUUGUUGUUUUUUUCUUCUUUUUUGGAGUAAAGUUUUGAACCUGUUAUGAGCUUUUACAAUGCAAGCCUAACAGAUUGACACAGUUGAUAAGAUCGAAAGCAGCAGCUGAAAACUAUUUUCCAGAAACGUCAAGCACCUCUCGUUUUUCAGCAGUUUGAUAUCGGAUCGUGACCUCUUCUUAUAAUCAAUACGUAAACUGCGAUGAUGCCAUCUGCACCGACAAAAAGUUGCUAAUUGAAUUCUAUAGCGAAACCCCAAUACCCGCCUGCUGUUAGGCCCGACGAAUUGCAUUUCAAGCGACUAUAAUCUAUUUUUGGGAACGCUAUGUGACUUUUACGUUUCUUACUUUUUGAAGUCUUUUACUUACAUAAUGUCUGUUUUUAAAGUAAGGAUUAUAGUAUUGUACAAUUUCACAAACAGUUAUUGAUUGGUUUCAAAACCGAUAACCGGCCUUCUGAUGAAUUGUUGAGAAGAAGAUGAGUGAAACAAAGUAAUGGGACAACCAGAAAGGUGAAAGGAACAAAACAACGAACGUGUUGGCAAGAAGCCUUCUUCGGCGAACGAACGACAUUCACAAAAAUAUAUAAUAAAAAUUAAGAAACACUUAGCUGUAGUGUAGGCCUAUCAUCCGAGAGGACAGAGAGAGAGGAAAGUGAUGUAAUUACUGUUUAACAGCCCAACGGAACCACUUGGUGUACAUCCAGUUUUUAUCUUAUUUCAGGCCAACAGUUGGCGUUGGCAAUAAAAUCAAGUCAAUUAUUGAGAAUGGAAUCGAUGUUUUGCUCUACAAACGGGAGGAAGGUGAGUACAGUAUAGGCCUCGAUAAGUAAAGAUUGCCGAAAUGGUCUAGAUGAGUCUAGAUAGACCGGAUAGGUAUAGAUCGGUUGAGGUGGUUCUAGAUAGGCGUAGAUAGGUCUAAAUAGGUCUAGUUGGGUCUAGAGAGUUCUAGGAAAGACUAGAUAAGUCUAGUUUGGUCUAGAAAGUCUGGAUAGGUCUAUAAAGUUCUCAAAAGGUUUAGAAACGUCUUUAUGGGUCUACAUUCUGUUAGAUAAGCUCAGAUAGGUCUAUCUACUUCUACUCAGAUAAACAUAUGUCUAGAUAUCCAUCACUCUUUAUAAUAAUAGGUCUUGAUAGCUGUCAUUCUCUUUGUAUCACUAGGUCUAAAUAUCCAUCACUCUCUUUGUAUCACUAGGUCUAAAUAUCCAUCCAUCUCUUUUUAUUACUGGAUCUAGAUACACGUCAAUUUCUUGUUCUUAUAGGUUCUAGAAAUUUGUCCAUCCCUUUGAAAUACUAGAGCGAGAUAUACGUCACUUAAUUUUUUUCUUAUUUAGUCUAGUUAUUCGCCCUUCUUUGUCUAAAUUGGUCCAGAUAUCCUUCCCACUAAUACUAUGUCUGAUAUCUGUCAUUCUCUUAUAAAAAUAGGUGUUUCGUUACCACCCCCACCACCCAAUGAGUCUUUCGGUCUGGACGAAAAGCUGUAUUACUAGGUCUAACUAUCUGCCAAUCUCUUUGUAUUUCUAGGUCUAACUACCUGCCACUCACUCUCUUUGCAUUACUAGGUCUAACUAUCUGCCACUCUCUUUGUAUUUCUAGGUCUAACUUUCUGCCACUCUCUUUGUAUUUCUAGGUCUAACUAUCUGUCACUCUCUUUGUAUUACUAGGUAUAAUUAUUAGAGAACAUUUCGUAGAUGUAAUCGACUCACUCAAAAUAGUUAUUGAUGCCAUUUAAGAGUUUUAAAAAACGAAGACUGCAAAAAAUAGGUGGCUUAAAAUUGAAGUGUGCACAAACGUAAAUUAAAUGUAGAUUACUUUUAUGUUAUUCUUUGUGACGCAAACGUUUACUACUGUAGUCAUUCCAUUCUGUGAGUCUCGCAAUAAAUAAAUUGUCACAUUUGAUCAAUUAUCUAUCAACUCGAUGUGUUUGAAAUGUUUUACAGGCUUCCGGUAUCCGUCCAGGUUUAUUUCAGUAAUGUUCAUUGGAGGGAUUGUUGUCUAUGUGGUAAGUUGUGUUGUGUAUGUUGGGUAUGUGGUAAGUUGAGUGGUGGGUGUAGUAAGUUGUGUGGGUGAGUGUAGUGAAUUGUGUGGUGAGUGUAGUAAGUUGUGUGGGGGAGUGUAGUAAAUUGUGUGGUGAGUGUAUUAUUUGUGUGGUGAGUGUAGUAAGUUGUGUGGGGAAGUGUAGUGAAUUGUGUGGUGAGUGUAGUAAGUUGUGUGGGGGAGUGUAGUAAAUUGUGUGGUGAGUGUAGUAUUUUGUGUGGUGAGUGUAGUAAGUUUUGUGGGGGAGUGUAGUAAAUUGUGUGGUGAGUGUAGUAAGUUUUUUGGGGGGAGUUUAGUAAAUUGUGUGGUGAUUGUAGUAAGGUUUUUGGUGAGUUGUAGUAAGUUGUGUGGUGAGUUGUAGUAAGCUGUGAGGUGAGUGUGGUAAGUUGUGUAGGGAGUGUGGUAAAUCGUGUCAUGAUUGUGGUAAAUCGUGUCAUGAUUGUGGUAAACUGUGUCGGGAGUAUGGUAAGUUGGGUCAUGAACAUUAAAUGGCCAAAUACCAUCACCACCAAAGAUCCACUAGAAAGGACUUGCAGGGGGGCCCAUUAAUUAAGACAUCAUAAAGAAAAAAAAUGUAAGUGAAUAGGACAUACUCUCCGAAAACCCCCAGAAAGCAUCGCCAGACAACACCUAUCAUGGAAUCCACGGGGGAAAAGAAAGAGAGGAAGGCCUAAGAAUACAUGGAGACGCGAGCUAGAGGCAGACACAUAAAGUAUGGGAUAAACCUCGAAAGGAAAGCACAGGACCGUGAUGAGUUGAAAAUUCUUGUGACGGCCUAUGCCCCAGGUCGGGGUAAAAGGCGUAAGAAGAAAGAAGAAGAAGUAUAAUCAUUAUUAUACACCUCCAUAUCUUAUAUGUUGUGUAUUCAUCCUUAAUGUACACCCCAACAGCUUAAAUAUAAUGCAUCCAUCAUUACUUUGCACAUCAAUAUCUUUGAUAUAAAGUAUUCAUCUUUAAUAUGCGCAUCUCAAACUUAUAUAUUAUAGUGUAUCCAUUAUUAAUGUACACAACUAUACCCUAAAUAUGAUGCCUGUAUCAUUAAAAUACACAACCAUAUUUUAAAAAACAAUGUAUCCCAAUGUACACAUACAUAGUUUAUAUAUAUAUAUAUAUAUAUAUAUAUAUAUAUAUAUAUAUAUAUAUAUAUAUAUAUAUAUAUAUAUAUAAAAAUAUGAUGCCUGUAUCAAUAAAAUACACAAACAUAUUUUAAAAAACAAUGUAUCCCAAUAUACACAUACAUAGUUUAUAUAUAUAUAUAUAUAUACACAUAUAUAUAUAUAUAUAUAUAUAUAUAUAUAUAUAUAUAUAUAUAUAUAAUAUAUAUAAUCUAUCCAUCUUAGUGUACACAUAGAUAUAUUAUAUAGAAUGUAUUUAUCAUUAAAGGACACCUCCAUAUCUUAAAAAUAAAACAUAUCAAUCAUUGAUGUACACCUUCAAUUCUUAUAUAUAAUGAAUCCAUAAUUAAUUUUACAACUCCUUAUCUUAUAUAUACUAUAUAAUAUAUCAAUCAUUAGUGUACAACUUCAGAUCUUAUGUCCAAUGUAUCCAUCAUUAAUGUACACCUCCAUAUCUUAUAUAUAAUGUAACCCUAAUUAAUGUAAACCUCUAUAUCUUAUACAUAAUGUAUCCACCAUUAAUGUACACCUCCAUAUCUAAUUUAUAAUGUAUCCACCAUUAAUGUACACCUCCAUAUCUUAUUUAUAAUGUAUCCAUCAUAAACGUAAACCUCUAUAUCUUAUAUAUAAUUAUCCACCAUUAAUAUACACCUCCAUAUCUAAUUUAUAAUGUAUCCACCAUUAAAGUACACCUCCAUAUCUUAUUUAUAACGGAUCCAUCAUUAAUGUACACCUCCAUAUCUAAUUUAUAAUGUAUCCACCAUUAAUAUACACCUCCUUAUCUUAUUUAUAAUGUAUCCAUCAUUAAUGUACACCUCCAUAUCUAAUUUAUAAUGUAUCCACCAUUAAUGUACACCUCCAAAUAUUAUGUAUAAUGUAUGCAUCAUUGACGUACACCUCCAUACCUUGCAUACAGGCUACCGUUCAGCUCAUGUACGGAACGGUACGGUACAUUGGUGUAUUCGCAGACGCCUUCAAGAAUGAAUUUGACCGUAUCGGACAGUCGGACAACAUUGUCCCGCGACUCUUUAUUGUACUCUAUUGUAAGUCAGCAUUUAUUUCAUUGUUGUGAUGUCAUCUGUAUUCAAUCUAACUGUGCUAUUUUGCGGACACACCCGUCAUUGUGCUGAAACUUUUACUCUAACGUUUUAGAGUUGGGAAAACCGACGCUGGAAUAUAUUAUUUUACAAGCAAUCUAGAUGAAAUUGUGUAAUAAAUGUAAUCUAGAUGAGGCUUCGUGUUCAAUGAUAUCUAGAUGAAGUGGUGUGUUAAAAGUAAUUUAGAUGAAGUUUUGUGUUCAAUGAUAUCUAGUUGAAGUGGCGUGUUAAAAGUUAACAGUAAUUUAGAUGAAGUUUUGUGGGUUUCAUAAAGCAAUGAUUGAAAUAGUGGGUUUCAUAAGCAAUGAUUGAAAUAGUGGGGUUCAUAAAGCAAUGAUUGAAAUAGUGGGUUUCAUAAAGCAAUGAUUGAAAGAGUGGGUUUCAUAAAGCAAUGAUUGAAAUAGUGGGUUUUAUAAGCAAUGAUUGAAAUAGUGGGUUUCAUAAAGCAAUGAUUGAAAUAGUGGGUUUCAUAAAGCAAUGAUUGAAAUAGUGGGUUUCAUAAAGCAAUGAUUGAAAUAGUGGGUUUCAUAAAGCAAUGAUUGAAAUAUUGGGUUUCAUAUUGCUAACUCUACCGAUAAAGGAAGUUUUGUAAACAUCAGUUUCUAAUUUUAAAACACAUGAUUCCUGAUACCAGGGUGGUGGAAAGUAUGGCUGCGCCAGGGGUGAAACCUGAAUUUUGAAGCCCAUUUCACAGAAAGUGUAAAUUAACACACACACACACAUAGCCAAGAAUGACGAAAUAAGCACCUCCCCCCCCCCCCAUGGAGUUGGAUCUCGGGGGCGGGGCAACCUUCAAAGUGCCCUGUCAGAAUUUCCGCUGUUAACGGUUGGAUUGUCCCUUUCAAGAACUUUAAUUUAAGAUUUUAAAGGGUUAACACAAACUUUUUAUUCAUAUUUCACGUGAUUUUUCCUCUUUUCUUUUAUUCCACAGACUCCCUACUGGUCGCCACAUCUCUUGCCUGUGUCCUCAGUUACCUGACAAUUCUACACAUGGUGUCAUCCUUUCGGUAACUGGUUUGACACUUAUGUAGUUACUUUUGUUUUUAUCAACUAUCCGUAUAUAAACAAAUGGUAACUAAAUAAUCGGGGAUUAACUUCUUCUAGCGCCCGUCGGAGCUAUGCAAAUAUUAUAAAAGAUACACUUUAUUUCAUGUUUCACCAAAAAGAAGAUUCAAAAGUUCACAGAAAAUCAAUAUCGAAACCCAUUUUAAAAUAUUGAAGAAACAUAUUAAAAUAGUAUAUUUACUCAGCCAAAGAAAUGUUGAAAUUAUAAUUAACCAACCAUUAAAAUUGUAAUUCAAAACAUUCCAUCCUCAUUUAAUAAUGCAAAUUUAACAACAAGCUGGGGAGUGAAGCCAAAACAGAAACAAUCCAAAAACAGGAAAUGAUGUCAUGGCAACUAGUGUAUGAAUUGAUCUUAAGUUGUUUUUUCCUACCUUUUAAACAUUAUUUUUAGAGCAAACCUUUUUGCCUUGUACAAGGGAGACUUUUCAGGCAUUCCACCACCUAUGACCCAAGGGGCAGUAUCUUUGUGCGUAAGUAACAAAAUAUAAAUAAAAAAAAGGUUUAACCCGCUAAAAAAUUUCUCUUUUCAUUUUUAGCUGCUCAUUAAUAGCCAAAAUGGAUGCAAUUAAAUGUGUUAAGUUUUCAUCGUUCUACUUUUUGGCCCAAAAGUGUUGCCUGAACGAGGCAAUGAGAUUCAAAAGUAUUCCUACUACUGUGUACAAGAUAAAGCGCUGUGUCCUAUUUCUACCGCACCAAAGUAACUUAAUUCACUUGUUGACUCCUCAUGAUUGUUCGUUUAUUUCCAAUAAACAGUUGUACGAUUUUCUAACCAGAAAUUGUAACAAUGUUGGACUGCGAUAAAGCUGUCGAAUAUUCCCCCCUGCCCUCUCCUCUUUAAAAAAAAAAUGUAUUUGCAGUCGGCAUAAAAAUGCCACCCCUCAUAAUAAAGGAACAAAAAGGGCGGACACAACCCUCUGCACCCCCCCCCCCACUAUGUAACAAUGUUGGACUGCGAUAAAGCUGUCGAAUAUUCCCCCCUCCCCUCCCCUCUUUAAAAAAAAAAUGUAUUUGCAGUCGGCAUAAAAAUGCCACCCCUCAUAAUAAAGGAACAAAAAGGGCGGACACAACCCUCUGCACCCCCCCCCCCACUUCAUUCCUACGCCUCUGACCACAACAGCUGUCCACACAGGUUGGCUGCAUCAAGUUCGCCGGGUUCCAGGUCGGAUACAUCCUAUGGGGUAAGAUGGCCUUCUACUUUAAUAGCUCUCUCAGUGCUGUCCUACACGGUCUUGAGGAUAUCGUAACGCCCGCUUUGUACCUUGCUGGCGCCCUCUGUCUGCAUUUACGUCUUUAAAAAAACUCAACUGACUUGAUAUUUAACUUUGCACUCCCAUGGAUUUAGUCGCCAUCUUUUAAAACAUUUUUAAAAAAUCCUCUAUAUGAAUUUUCGCUUUUGUUCAUGUGUGUAAGGGGGAAAAAAAUCUUCGGACGGCUAAUUCACCCACUUCCCGUCAACAUAUGGAAUUAAAACUUGGCACAUAGACUUGUUGCCGUUGACUGCACAUUUAACAACUAUCAGCCCUCCCCCGCCCCCGGGACCCUAAACUCUCUCCCUCCCCCCCCACCCCUCAAAAAAAAAAUAUGUUUGUUCUGUUUUUCAAUGGGAAGAUGAAGGAAAUAUGAUGUAACUGAUUUCACAAAAUAAAAUUCCCGAUAACUGCGCUAAAAAAAUAUAUCGCAAUUGCGUUUGGUGCGUAAUAUUAUCUUUUGUUUUUCUGUUAUAGUUGGUGAAGUAAAUCUUGUAAAAGCGAGAAGGAAAUUAGCAUAUUAACAUAGCAUAAAAAUAGUUUUAAGGAUGGAAAUUUGUGAAUAAAAUCCAGUUAAAGGGGUUAUACAAACAUUAACAUUUAUAUGAGACAAAAUUAUGUCACUAUGCAUUUAAUUUUUUUUUCUUCAGGCUACAUAUUGUCUCUUAUAGUUUUCUUCCUCAUCGCUCUAAUCCUUGGCUCCAUCAUAACCUUGUUGACGAACGCAGUGGUAGACUGGCUGGUCAACAAAGUCCUUCAGAUAUGGUUUGUACACAUUUCAGUUCUUUGGAAACCUGAACAGUAAAAAUGUAUGAUCGUCUUUCAAAGAUAAAAAAUAAGAUAAGAUUCUUUUAUUGAUCCCAAUAAAUGACAUAUUUGUAUUACAUUGUACAUACUUAUUUCCAGCACGUGAAUAAAUACAUAUUUUAGGACAAACUGUUUACACGAUCAGUGUAUAUAAUAAUUGGUUUUUGAUGUCAGACGAUGAGUUCCCACACCAGCAGGUGAUGCUGACGUUUAGUCGGCUUCCAACUGUUGCACGGUAGAAUAAGUAGAUGACUUGUUAGUUUACGCUGAAAUUGUCCAAUUUGUCAAUAUAGAAAUGUCUUUUGUUGACUUUUUUUAAUACAUAUAAAAAAAAACUUUUACCACAAUUGAAAUCGUGAGUGUUGCGCUGGUUUUUUUAGCUUUCAACGUCUCUAAUUUAAAGAUCCCGCCAGUUUUAAAGAGCUGAUCGCUUAGUCUACAGCUUAUUUUGAAUAAUCAUUUCAAUCUCUGUAUGUUUAACAUUUACAUUCUUUUCAGCAUUCGAAAUAUGUGUGGUUAAAUUAAUGAAUUAUAAUUCUCUUCGUACAUCUGUUUGAAACUAGCACUUUAACUUUAAGAGGGAAAAAAAAAAAAACCUUUGGGAUAGCGAUUCAUUUUCAGAAUAUUUAGUGGCAUCCCCUUUUUAAAAAAAAUGAAAGUGGCACAUUUUCACCACCGGUACGAUAAGUCAUAGGUAUUUUUUUUUUAGUUCUUACAAAAGUACGAGUUUCGAUGACAAGAGGAAAUCUCACACGUUAUUAUUUAUUUUUAUUUUUUUAAUGAAAAAAGCUGUCUUUUUUUUUUUAAACAAAAUAUUUUUACAAUUUUGUUAGACGUAUCAUAGGGUCUGGAUAACAUAUUUCAAUUUAAAAAAAAAAAAAAUAAUUAUUUAUUUUUAUUUUUUUAAUGAAAAAAGCUGUCUUUUUUUUUUUAAACAAAAUAUUUUUACAAUUUUGUUAGACGUAUCAUAGGGUCUGGAUAACAUAUUUCAAUUUAAAAAAAAAAAAUAAGGAAAAGAAAGAACUAUUUCAUACAUAUGUAACCACAACGAUCGUUAAAUAUUAGAGUUAACAUGUUUGUUUACCAGAAUUUAAACGUAUAGAGUUUUAAAAUGUCAUAUGUGUUUCCACUGCCAACCUGAUAUUUACACAGUAGGUCUUCGUGCUGACAUUACGACGUUAGUGAGAUCAAUCUCUCCCCCCCCCACCCCCCAACAUUCAAAGCCCAUUUAUUUAUCAAGAACAGGGCUACUGUGACGACCAUAAUUUAAUGUCAAUAUUUUUGUAAAGAAACGCUAAAUGGAAUAAAUGUUUGCCCCCAGUGAUUGGUGAGUCGGUGUGGGCGCUGUGGGUUAUCAGGAUAUAAUUGUUUUCUUCUCAUGGUCUAAACACUAUAGUAAAUGCGUAUUCUUCAUAGUCAUCAUUGUUAUUUUUUUGUACAGGCCGGGUGUUCUUAUAGGUAUCGCCAUCUUGAUCCUCCAGAAGUUGCUGGCCAGGUAUGCGUUUCUGCAGGGUGACGGUGCUCACCUGAGGUUGGACAACAGGUAUUGGACUUUUAGUGGUAUUGUAUAUAGUGUGACAACAGGUAUUGGAAAUAAUGGGCUGUUAUAUAGUGUGACAACGGUCUUUGAACUCUACGUCGUGCUUUUAGUAUGACAAGAGUUUUUUUAUAUAAUUUUCGUGUAUAGUAUGACGAUUAUUGAACUAAAAGAUGUGACCUAUAUUCUGACAACAAGCAAUGAAAUCAUUCGGGUAUACUUUUAUGUGAAAACACGUUUUAGACUAAAAGGGUCAUUCUAUUGUGUUACAACAGAUAUUGGAUUAAUUUUUUUAGUUCUACAUUGUGAAAGCUGCUACUAGAGGCGACUAAAUGUAUGUUCUACAGCGGGAUCGCUAUUCUAUUGGACUUUAAAUGACGUUGUACGGGACGAUCACUCGAAAGAGGCCCCCCGUAUGUUAAAAAUAUUUUGAUAGGAAAAAUACAACACAUAAAAUCUAAGAAGCUGUUAAUGCCCUCCACAAAAUACUCCCCCACCACCACCCCACAUCAUUUUUUCAAGCCCGAAAAGUCCAGGAACCAUCGUUGGAGAUCUCCUCCUGCCAGGAAAUCCCAGGGCUGUAACUUCACUCGACUGACUAGCUUUACGGGCGGCCAUCUCAGUCUAAGGACGAUUCAUUGGCCGGUAAUGUUGCUCUCACAACACUAGCCGUCGACUUUCCCAGGGGGUCCCGAAGGUAUAUCUACGUCCUAAUAUCUCCCCCUACUGCCCAUCACGGGGGAAGCAUCGGACGCUCUCUGACAGGAUUUUAUACAGUGAGUUUCCACCUCGCCAAUAGCUCACCAAUUAGCAAUAGCAAAGUUGUUGCCUAGAAAAUAAAACUGUUAAACAAACAUUAAUUUUUUUUUAAGUUUCUGAAGAGCACAACGUGCAAGCUGGAAGAGACGGGGGUAAUCGAAAGACAUCUUUCAAGACAUUCAAUCCCCGUUUGAAUACCCUCCCACCCACCCCCCUGUAUCUCUAAACGUAAUCAAUCAAUUUCUCAUCAGGUUAAUGAUUACAGAGAAUUACAUGGAAUGCAAAUUUAAAACACAUACUUCGAGGUAAUGUAGUGUCAUGGGGUUGGGGGGGGGGGAGGCAUCAUGAUUGCUUCAUCCUGACGGGAGUUGCGGCAGAAUAUUCGGGGCCUCGUUUUUUUUGAUCUGUAGAAGUUGGGAGAUAGUUUCCUGCGCUUCGGAAAUCAAUCCAAAGAUUAAAUUAUUUAUAUUGGAAUAUCCAUAAAGAACCACUUUAUUAAAGAUUCAUUAAUGUCAAUACUCUUGUUGCCGUCAUGUCAGCUGUCAAUUUUUCAAGAAAAUGAUGUCCACUUACAUGAUUUUGACUUCAUCGCCACCCACCCCCACCCCAACCGAAGGUCGCAGAUUUAUUUGUGUAGCAUCACUGCAUGACAACACCAAAACAACAAACAGGAAGAGUUUUUUUUUUUUUAAACUUGCCAUUAAAUUCAUAACUCUUUUCUUUGUCAGACGGCUCUUCUUCAUCUUCACGUACUUCAUGUUCUUCUACAACAUCUUCCUGGGACUGGUCUCCUGUUUGCUCAGAAUCAUCAAGGCCGCAGUCGUCGGGACUCUCUUCCUCUGCCGUCUGGACAGAAGUACACUGCCGAGGAAUUGGGAAUCUUUUGACCCAGGUAAAUUAUUGCGAACUAACAAGAAGCUGAAUCUGAGAACAUUUCUCAUCGGCAAAGUCUAAUGUCCUUCAACGUCCGGCUUCUGGGGAUGUCUUAGUCUCGAAGAGCCUGAGAUGAGCUUAUGAAUAAAAACCUGUAUUUCGUCUUAUUUCGGAAGUUGUGCCUUUGCUAUGAACGAGUUUUCUAUACAUUCUACGAGUGAUCAUGUUACAGCUCCAUUCCAACUAUAAGUUUAGUUAACGAGAAUUAAAUAUCUGUAAUAUAUUUUUUUUUUAAAGUUAACUUAUUUUUUUUACAUUUAGGCUUUCCUCAGCGUGUACUAGCCAGCAGCAGCUGCUAUAAAAUAGAAGUCAUGGGGAAUUUUUGUCAGCUUGGUAUUUGGUUAAUAUACGUCGGGGACCAUACGGUUAGGGAAAUAAUCCAUGUUCACACUUGGGUAAUAUCAUUUUCAGCACUGUUGCGCCUUAAUGAAACCACACACAAUAUUUCAUUUAGAUUUCAAUUACCAUUCCUUUAAAAAAGCCUAAAUGUGAAAGAAUUUUUUUUUAUCCCAAAUGAUCGCGGUCAUUUUCAAAGUUUAUUUUAAUUAUAUUUUUUGUUGGUGCAUCUAUUUCUGACGUCACGGAAAAGAUUUUUUUUCUUUAAAUAGAUUUUUGGAAACUAGAGCGCUGUGAGCAUGCUAAAAAUAGAAUGUACACGCGAGCUAUAAAGUACUCAAUCAUCAUCAUCAACGAUCAAUACAUGGAACAAUAAAUUUAGCAAAUCUAAUUAAUUUAUAACCAUGUGAGUCAUUUCAAAGCUGGGUUAAUGAAUAGUGUGUGUGUGUGGGGGGGGGGGGGGUGGGUCCUUAGAAAAUAGUUUAAAAUUUCAUACACAAUCACAAAAAAUUAUUUUUAUACAUGGAACAAUAAAUUUAGCAAAUCUAAUUAAUUUAUAACCAUGUGAGUCAUUUCAAAGCUGGGUUAAUGAAUAGUGUGUGUGUGUGGGGGGGGGGGGGUAGGUCCUUAGAACAUAGUUUAAAAUUUCAUACUCAAUCACAAAUAAUUAUUUUUCUGUCCUCAAAUUGUUAACUUGUAUUAAAACUAAAAUGAAUAACCUGUCGUUGUCAGGUUUCAACACGUACCAGGGUUACAUCCACAUGGAGGCCGCACACACCAAUCCCACGGUCAACGUUUUCAUCAGACUGUUGAAGUCUCUGAGCCAGUCGAGGAAGUCCUCGGGUCAAAGCAGCGGCGUGUCUCUAGAGAUGACCAACCUGGGCAGUUACAAUCAGCUGGAGACAGACGGAGAAAGCGGUGAGUUGCCACAUUUAGUCGUCGCCCCCGGUGUCCCACCCCUAUAAAUAAAAAAAUGAAAACUUCUGGUUUUGCAACAACAACAACAACAACAACAAAAAAAACGCGUGGGUAGGACUCUGGUAUUAAUAUACAGCAGCCCUCCGUCUUCUGAUCAAACUGCGGCCAUCAUGAAAUUAGCUACUGUCCUAAAAUUUAAUCGUAGAAGUCAAAAGCCUAAUAUCACACUUUGACUUGGAUUCCUGUGCUGUUUAGAACCAUUUAUAAUUGGAAUAUAAGCGGCCCCUUAAUUUACUAUUUCUGUCUCUCUUUAUGCAUUCCCCAGUGAAAUACCCAGCCAUAAGAGGAACAACCAAUCUGGCAGCGCGUUUCAAUUGGCACGUGGCGUACACACUGUUGCUCAACCCUGGGGUAGGUAUUCACAGACCUUUUACUUAA